AUGGCCUCGCGACUCGCGGCCUGCGAGGCAUGUCGCAAGGCCAAGCUCGCGUGCGAUCACCAGCAGCCGGUGUGUUCGCGCUGCCAGAAGAGUCGCGGCGUGUGUAUCUACCGCACCGCCCCGUUCAAAAGGCGGCGGGUCGAGAAACCGAGCUUGAGAUCGCCUGAUCUAUCGCCCUCGUUCGAGCCCAGGCGCAAUUUGUACCCGAAUCCGGGGUACUUGGGCUCGUCGAGCCAUGCAGCGAUUUUCAAGCAUAUCACCCCGUCCGCGGAGGGCGAGCAAAGCGCGAGUAACCAGCUGUUGCGCUCCGAUCAUCCGAGCGCACAAUGGAUUGGUGACAAUCAUCUGCUGCUACAGGGUGCCGAUGUCCUGCGACACCUUUUAACUAUGUACUCCUUGUCGGCGAUGAAGGACCUCGUUCUCUUCUGGCUGGCCAAGGGCGCCAAUCUAGCGCUUGCGGAGCCUUUUGUUGCGCAAUGCGCCGAGAGCAUUAGUCAAUUAUUUACUUCGCAUGAUGAGAAAUGGCAUUUGGUGUACGCGCAACGGCUACUGCAAAAUUCUGCCAAGCCGUUGCAAUUCGACGAGUCCUCGGAUCUCCUGAGCUUUUCAGCCCACUUUCUGGAUCACAAUGCGCGAUGGGAAACAUUGGGGAUUUUCUUUGCGGCGGUCAGCCGAGCGACGAUUGACAUUCCCUUCUUUCCGCUGCUAUACAACACCGAGGACCAGCAGUAUACUCUGAGGCGCCUUGCGACCAAACUCAGUGACUUUUCAUUGGAGAUUGCUCUUUCGCUGGACUGUUUGAAUGACCUGCAGUUGAUUGUGCAGUAUGAGAAUUUUAUCGUCCAUUCAUACGUGGAUGGGGAUCAAAGUGAGUCUUUAUUCCAAGCCGAGUCGAACUAUCCUCUUGUUUCACUCCUUCAUCAGUUAACCUGUCAAGGCUACCACACGUGGCGCAAACUGGGCGAUGUCAUCUCCUCAACUUUUGCGCUGGGCUAUCAUGAGAACCUCGAAGCGAAGGCCGGAAUUCCACAGUUCUUGAUGGAGCUGCGCAAAACAGCCUUUGCCAGGAUUUACUCUGCCGACAAGAAUAUUGCCAUCUUUCUUGGCCGCCCACCGCGGAUGAACAAACGCUUUUGUCACUUUCAGAUUCCAGCCUGCGGAACACGAUUUCCUUCACGUGGACGUCAUCAUACCUGGAGCCCAGAUGCAAGAGCUGGAUACAGGGCAGAUACCUGUUGGUCUGCGCUCUGUGCUUCGUUGAAAGAGGAAGUAUGGGAGCUGUUGCAGGAUGCACAGGAUGUUGACUGUGCGCGGAAGGCAAGCGUUAUUCAGCGAAGAGCUGAGGAGCAGUGGCAGGCUCUACCUGCUCAUUUUCGAUUGGAGAGUAGUUUGAAGCAGUGCGCGCAGAGCCCCUUUGAUCGGGAUUUUCUCGCACAUGUUCGGCUAAACCAUUUACAUGUUCUGUUUUUGCUCAGACUUUUGCUUCUGAAUACUCUGACUGAGCCAGACGUUCCCAUUAUAGAAACAGCGGGGCAAAUGCUCGCUCUUGUGGUGGAGAUUAUCCUGCUUCGGGACCAAUUGAUCAAUUCUGGGACUGGUCUCAUCUGGAAGGUCGCGUACUACGGGCUCCCAGCAGCGGGAAUUAUUCUCCUCGCCUUACUUAAACAACACUCUCACUCAGCACCUGGCAUAUCGCGAACCAAAAUGCUGCGAGAUCUGAGCGUAUUUGUCGCAGAGGUGCAGAUCGGAACAAUCGUGAAAACGGGGGAUCCAAAUUAUGCGUUGCUAUCCAAAGCCACGCAAACGAUUCAACGGUUCCUGGACUCAUUCAACACAGACACAGGGCAACCCCCUCGCGAGGCGGGGCAUGAUGAUGCCAAUGAAGAUUGGGCAGCUUUGUUGAGUCAAGAUCUUUGGGAUUUCGAAGCCGGAUUUUGGCAGAGUCUGGCCGAUCAUCCGUCCUUGGGGGUGUUGGAUCCACCAUUGCCUCAUGUAUGA